ACAAAUUCAGGUGAAAGUCGUGUAAUAAGAAUAUUUAGAAAAUUUCGUAGAAUGUCAUACGUGGAUCAAUUUUUUCCCGAUAGAGGAAAAAGUUGUGAAAUUUCUGUAACGGUCAGGAAUGUCGCAGACAGCGUUUGCAACAAGGGUAAACGUUAUUUUUUGCCGUCAGAGGUUGUAGUGCACAAUAGCGAAGAUGAUUGUUGGGUUUCGUAUAAUGGCGGAGUAUACGAUUUGACGAAUAUUUGUAAAGAAUGGGCUGGGAGGAAAGAAAUACUGCCGUUACUGGCUCACGCUGGAAAAGAUAUAAGUCACUGGUUCGACCAUGAAAAAAAUGAUAUUAAAUAUCACGUGCAUCCCGUUACCGGAGUUCUGGUACCCUACUGUCCUCACGGGCCAAUACCGGAUGUAAUUCCUCACGUGGUGCCUUCGUCUUCUUGGCGGCCACUCGAUAAAUGUCCUUGGUGGUUCGACGAGAAGUACAGAAAGGGGUAUUUAACCAAAAAUCCACGACCAUGCAGGCUUUUGAACGUGCUCACCGGAACGGAAAUCGUGAUGAUGGUUUGCGAAGAAGACACCGUUAGACGUAUACAGACGCGUGCUCUCAUUUACAACGCAAACGGGAGAGUUUACACUUGGAAAUACGAAGGAAAGUCGUUGAAUCUCGACUUGACGUUAACAGAGAACGGCAUUCCAGAUGAACGUGACCGUUUCGUUGCGUGUGGCCUUCCCGACGAUUACUAUGUUCCGUGUCUUAUGUGCUAUUACAACGAUAAAUGUGCCUGUGGAAAUGGACAAUAG